UUCGAUCCCUAGUACCUCAGGUAGGGUUGAGGGAAAAAAAUACUUCCACAGGAUAUUCUUCAUGCAACCAUUGAGAGUACAGCUAAAUAAGCCUGGCCUAACCUGUGGAUGAGUCCCCCAAAGCAAGAAGAGAUUCAACCUGUUUAUUACUGUUUCCUUAAAGAGUCAAGGUACUACAAAGAUAAAAGCAGUAGCUAGGGGGCAGUAUGGCAUAACCGUGACCAAGAACAUGGGCUCCUCAUCUACGGGUAAAAUCAACCCGGAGAUCAGUAACAUUAGUUGGGCGAUUUCUUAAUUUCUCUUAGCUCAGUUUUCUCAUCUGCAAAUUGAAAUAAUAAUCGUAGCCGCUGGAUAGGUGUGUGGUGAAUUAACAGAAACCACACUGUGAGUACUAACUGUUCCUAGUUCCUUGUUUCACCCCUAGAGGAAGGAAUUUAAUCUGACUGAGGCUAAGGGUUUUAACAGUCUGCUUAUACAGAAACAUUUUAAUUUAGCCUUGAAAAAUGAAUGGGAGCUUGAAGCAAGACACAUGGGAGAGUGGUUCCAGGAAUUAAAGGCCCAAAGUGGGAAGAAUCUCUAAAUUGGGAACACACACCUUUAAUCCAGAUCUUUGGGAAUACCCACCUAUAAUCCAGGCCACGCCUUCUGCUAGAGGCCUUAUAAAGAACAUGGAAGAUGGAAGCCUCUGUCUUUGCCGGCUUGUUCUCCCCUUGCUAGCAAGUAUCUUCCCCCACUGGCCUUGCAUCAGACUUGAUUGGGAUUCCAGCAUAUACUGAAGACCACCUUAGACAUCCAGCCUUGUAAAAUAAACAACUACUGGACUCUUGGAUAUUCUGUUCACAAGCAACCAUUGCUGGAUUAGCCAGACAACAAGCUGGAAGAAGAGAAAGCCUUUCAGUUCAACCUGAGAAUGGAUUCAGAAACGCCCCAUCCAGGCCCUUCCCGUCAACUGCUGGACCUUCCCACUGGACCACAGACCACCUCUGUCAGGACAUUAGUAUCAGAACCAAGUAAAAAUGAGCAGAGGUCCAGCCAAUCGGACAGCAAUUCCAGAAAGCACACUGAAGAAUCAGCUCAGAUGGUGGAAACACCCAGGAAAAGAAGACACUCUUCCAAGGACUCCAGCCCGGCCAGAACAGGAAGUGAGGGCAGCUUGCAUGGGAAAAAGAGACACAAGACUUCAGUCAAGAAGACUGAGCCAAAAGCUAAUGGUCACCAAGAUGGAUUAGCCCAUUGCCCAGAACCUCAGGAUACAGACCCACCACCAAUUCGGAAGAGCCUGGUGAACUUUCUGCGGGGGAAGUCUGAGGAGAUUUAUAGAGACACAGUCCAGAUGCAGGCCCAGAAGCUUGGCUCCCUGCUCACCCCUGAGCAGCUCUCUCAGCUCAGACAGCUCUCAGAGUCUCUGACUGCCAUGGCACACACCUUCUACAGCAUGGCCAACCAGGCAGGCUUUGCCUUCCCUGCUGAGGGCUGGCUUGUCCCAGCCCCCAUGGCUGCCCUUCAGGAGCUGUCUGGCAAGGAAUCUCAGAGUCCUUUGGUGGAGGGAGGAGAGAAGAUGACAGAUCCUGCCAGCCCAUCAGAAAAGUCCUGAGCCAAGGCCAUGAGACCCUCCUAAGCAGAGUCACAUCUCCGAGACACCAAAGAACCGCUCCAUCUCCCUGUCUACACUGCCUGUGGCACUCACCCUCUCUGUGUGAACAUGUAACAGGCACAUCGAUGAGAAGAAGAGUUUGAAAUGCUUAUCUGGAUUAUGAACUGUGUUUCUCUGGGACCUAAGAUUCAAGUGCUAAAUGCACAGUCGAUCCUUGCUUUCUUUGGAUAUUUUGCUAAGUGUGUGUUAGAUUUGUAUAAUUAUAUUGUAGAGUGGCAAAUAAAUAUUGACUUACCAGAAAAAAA